UAAGAACUAGUCUUCCACGCUGCCAUCAUAACGUUGACUCACCAACUUCACAAAAAGAGCAGGUAAGCUGAAACUCAGUACCAGAAAGAUGGUUCAGUUAAACAAGCACACACUUGGUACAUUUUGGAAGACUGCCUAACCCCACUAAUGGCGACUCUAUAAAACUGGAAGAAGAAACACAGUUGCAGACCACAAUGAAUUGAGCUGCCAUUACAUCCUGAAAAAUGGAAUCGAAAGAGGGAAUAGAGACUUCGAGGAGAAGGCAUAUCAGGGAGCCACCUUCAGUUCCAUUUCUCUGGGAAGAUAGGCCAGGGAUAGCCAAGAAGGGUUGGAAGCCUGAGGUUGCUCCUCAUGUGGUCACACCGCUUCCAUCAUUGCCUCCAGUCAAGCUCAUCGCUUCAGUUCCCUUUAAAUGGGAAGAAAGGCCCGGGACUCCACUGUCCCGUUUCUCGCAGCCAUCAUCACUCGACGACGAGGGGAAACUUGCUUCGCAAGUAAAGGUGCUUCCUUUACCACCAGCUCUGAUGUACUCAGAAGCAGAUACUAAGAAUGUUGAUGAUGAUGACGACGAUGACUGGUACCAGAGAUCACCGUCAUCUCUGUUUGGGAAUUGCCUGAUGUCAUCAGCGGCAGUUUCUGCUGCUGUUCCGGUCAUCGACAGUGCUUUCUCGAUGGAUGAGCAGUGGGAAAGGCCGGCAUCGCCCGCUUAUGAAAGUGACAGCAGUACCAGUAGUUAUGCAACUGGGAGGUCGAGCCUUGUGGGGUCUUCAUUCUUGGAAUGCUUGUUUCCGUUAUAUAAAGCAGCUUCUGGUUCUCGUGAGGAGGAGACAGAUCUGAAGAAUGGUUCUUCCACUCCUCCACUGGAGCUCACCGGCAGAGAUAUAGUAGGUCAAGGAAGUAGCGAUGGUGCGCUAGUAGUAAGGAAGCCGCCAACACUUGGAGAACUGAUAAUGAUGAGCAGGAGGAGGAGCGUUCAGAGGAAAGCAAAUCAAAUGAGGCUACAGAAUCCAUCAAUGGAACUCAUGAAGGGGCAACCUUUCAAAUGCUGUGUCUUUGGAACCGGCAUUAAGAUGAUAGAUAGGCUGCAGAAGAAGAUGCACCAUACAAGACUGGCCCUCCUGUAGUUCUGGUUUCUUGCUCCUAAGAAGCCUGCAUUCAAUUAUCUGUGUGAACUUUCUAAGCAAUCCCACUGUUGUGCUGUCAGUUAAGUUUCAGUUUCAAUAUUUCAUACUGCUAGUGAAUUCUCCAAUUCCUGUAAAAGCAUGCAAAGAAGAUACAACUUUCAGGAGUAUGCUACUUCCUGAAGCAAGUCAUAAGCCCUGCU